AUGCUCUCCUUUUUGGCCCACGAAGCUUCUUGUCUUCAUGCGUCCAGUUUCACUCCACCAGGUUUUAAUCAAACCGAUCCCGUUCCUCUCGAGGCAGUUGGUAACCGAAGCAGCAAAUCCCCCCCAACUAAUGUUGUUCCACUUUUAUGCCAUAGUCAGACUCCUGUUGAUUCACUCAAGAGCACUGAUGAAUACAGUUAUCAGUCAUCCAUCGAUGCUCAACAUGCGUUCAUUAUGAAGCUCCAGGAGCUGGUUGAUCAGCUAAAGCAAGAAAAGGUUGGUUGUACUUCGUCUGCCAUAUUCCACCAUUAUUACUGA